GGCCGAGUUCCGAGACGUGAGUAGGGGCGGCAGGGCGGGCUGGGGGGACCCGGCGGGCAGGGCGGGGGGCUGCGCUCCAGGGCAGAGCUGCUGCCUGAGCCCUGCAUCGCCGUCGUGUGGCAGCGGGCUGAGCUCGGAGUACCGAGCUGGAAGGGGCCCACGGGGUCGUCGGUUCCUGAACCUGCCCUGCCGCAGCGUGAGGCCAUCACUUCCCGGCCCGUCGUUGUUACCUGCGAGCAGUUGUUACCCACAGCCUCCUGUCGGGAGUUGUACGGAGCGUGAAGGCCUGAGCUUCCCCUCAGACCGAACCGUCCCAGUUCCCCCAGCUGUCCCCGCAGGACUGUGCUCCGCACCCUUCACAGCCGCUGCCCUUCUCAGGACCUGCUCCCCAGCCCCGAUAUCUUAGUAGGAAGGGGGCCCAACACUGAACGCAGCACUCAAGGUGCAGCCUCACCAGCUCCAAGCACAGCAGGAAGGUCCCCUCCUGCUCCUGGCUGCACGGUUGCUGAUACAAGCCAUGUUGCUUCUGGCAUUCUUGCCCACCUGGGCGCUCUGCUUCCCCCAGAGCAGGCAUGGCCACCCCCCAGUAGGCUGAUAGAAACACCCAGGUACUCUGUAAGCUUAUUUCUGCAUUCUCACUGUCAGGAUGUGCCAUGUCUGCUCCCACGGGGCAACUCGCCUUGGAGGAAGCCAACUGCAUGGCUUAGAAGAUGGGUUGGCUCAACCCAAAUGUAAGCGUGUUUCAAAGAAAAUUUGUGAAUGAAGUAAAGAAAUGUGAAGAAAUGGAAAGAAUUCUUGCUCAGAAGUGAAGAAGAGUUGCUGAUUCGUUGCUGAUGAACAGUUGAGACUGUUUCUGUGCUGAAUGGUUCAAAUACUGCUGGGAAAACAGAAGCUUUGCUCUGGAUAUUCCCUUGACUAUAAGAUAAAUCCUUUUUUUGUUUGUCUGUUUGUUUGUCACAUUACACAAUUCAGCACUGUUCAACUUCCAAGCACUCUCCAGAUCAUUUCAGGCUAUUAACAAUUGCUUUCACAUGGCAGUCAGUGCAUAGAGGAAAGGCUGCAGAGCUUGACCAAGGUUAUUUAGUACAAGAAAUUAAAAAGGCGGAUAUUCCUCUUCCUGAGGGAGAUGUUGCUCCUCCUGCCCCCUUGCUGAAACACAUUUUAGAAAUCCAGGAACAGUUGCAGAAGCUGGAGACAGAACUGAGGGAAGUAAAUAAAAACAAAGAGAAGCUGAGGAAAAACUUGAUUGAACUCACGGAGUACACGUGCAUGUUGGAUGUCACACAAACGUUUGUCAGGAGAGCAGCUGAGUAUGAGUCCCACUUGCAUAUAAAUUAUGAAGAAUUUCCAUCAGUGGAAAAUGAGCCAUUUGCAGAUUACAACUGUAUGCACAGACUGGGUGCCAAGCUGGGCUUUAUAUCUGGGUUGGUUCACCGAGCAAAAGUUGAGGCAUUUGAAAAAAUGCUGUGGAGAGCCUGUAAAGGAUACACUAUUCUGACAUAUGCGGAGCUGGAUGAAUGUCUGGAAGAUCCAGAUACAGGUGAAACCACAAAAUGGUUUGUGUUUUUAGUGUCCUAUUGGGGUGAACAAAUUGGCCAGAAAGUUAAGAAGAUUUGUGACUGUUACCGCUGUCAUGUGUAUCCCUACCCAAGUACUGUGGAUGAGCGCGUAGCGGUUGUUGAAGGGCUGAAUGUUCGUAUUCAGGAUCUUCGUACAGUUCUGCAUAAAACUGAGGAUUACUUACGCCAAGUUCUGUGUAAAGCCUCCGAAUCCAUCUAUACGUGGGUUAUCCAAGUAAAGAAGAUGAAAGCCAUUUAUCACGUACUCAACCUGUGCAGUUUUGAUGUCACAAACAAAUGUUUGAUUGCUGAGGUUUGGUGUCCCGUGGCUGAUCUGCAGAACUUGCGCCAUGCGUUGGAGGAAGGUUCGAGGAAGAGUGGAGCCACAGUUUCUUCAUUCAUGAAUACCAUUCCAACAACACAACCUCCUCCAACUCUGAUACGUACCAAUAAAUUCACCUCAGGGUUCCAGAACAUUGUUGAUGCUUAUGGAGUUGGAAACUAUGGGGAAGUGAAUCCAGCUCUCUAUACCAUCAUCACUUUUCCCUUCUUGUUUGCUGUUAUGUUUGGAGACUUUGGGCACGGUCUGCUAAUGUUCAUCUUUGCACUCCUGACAAUACUGUAUGAAAACCAUCCUAGAUUACGAAGAUCACAGGAUGAGAUAAUAAAAAUGCUAUUCGAUGGCCGAUACGUCAUUCUAUUGAUGAGUUUGUUUUCUAUAUACACUGGUCUGAUUUACAAUGAUUGUUUUUCAAAGUCGUUAAAUAUAUUUGGUUCCGGGUGGAAUGUUUCAGCAAUGUUUGAACAGAAUGUUUGGCGUCUUGAGGAUCUGAAGUCUCAUCAGCUUUUAAUGCUGGAUCCAAAUGUUACUGGUGUGUACAAUGGAGCUUAUCCCUUUGGAAUUGAUCCGAUUUGGAACUUGGCAAGCAACCGUCUCAGUUUUUUAAAUUCUUUCAAGAUGAAAAUGUCUGUGAUUCUUGGAGUGGCUCACAUGACAUUUGGAGUUGUAUUAGGAGUAUUUAACCACUUACAUUUCAAGAAGAAGUACAAUAUUUAUUUGGUUUUUCUUCCUGAACUUUUGUUCAUGAUGAGCAUCUUCGGCUACCUUGUGUUCAUGAUUUUCUUUAAGUGGUUAGCAUACUCUGCAGAGGACUCCACAACUGCUCCAAGCAUUCUGAUUCAGUUUAUUAACAUGUUCCUGUUUCCUGGUGGUGAAGCAGAUGCCUUUUAUACUGGACAGGUUGGUCUACAGAGAUUUUUACUGAGUGUUGCUUUUCUUUCUGUUCCUGUAAUGCUUUUUGGAAAACCACUUUAUCUAUAUUGGUUGCACAGUGGAAGUCGAGGCAUUAGAACGUACAGGCGUGGCUACAAGCUCAUUCGGAAAGAGAGUGAAGAAGAACUUUCUCUGCUGCAGCCUCAUGAUGUGGAGGAAGGAAGCAGUCACUCAGAUAGUGGGCACAGAGAAGAGGAUGGAGAGGAGUUUAAUUUUGCAGAUGCUUUUAUGAAUCAAGCCAUUCAUACCAUUGAGUACUGUCUAGGAUGUAUUUCUAAUACAGCAUCGUAUCUGAGACUCUGGGCAUUAAGUCUUGCGCAUGCACAGUUAUCAGAAGUUCUGUGGCAAAUGGUGAUGAGAGUGGGCCUUCGUGUGGACACAACCUAUGGUGUCUUACUGCUAGUCCCUGUUCUAGCCUUUUUUGCUGCGCUGACAGUUUUUAUUCUUUUGGUCAUGGAGGGGCUUUCUGCUUUUCUCCAUGCUAUACGACUUCACUGGGUGGAAUUUCAGUACAAAUUCUAUACCGGUGGAGGAUACAAGUUUACGCCUUUCUCUUUUCAGCACAUUUCUUUACAUUUUAAUAAAGAUGAUAUAGCAUAGCUCGGUUGCUCUCA